CCCUUUGACGAUCAUCAUCCCUCUAUAUAUUGGGGUUGCAAGAAAGGCUCACAGAAAACGAGGACUUGGGAGUAAAGGUGCUUACUUUUGUUCGUGGCUAUGGAUUUUCUGUUUCGCAUUCACCGAAUUUGAUUACCGACACUCACGAACCGUUGUUGCAAGAAAGGCUUGCUUACAGAAAACCAGUUGGGGCAUAAAGAUAUGGAAAUGGAGGUUUGGAGUAUGAAGAUUGCUAAUUUUCUUAACAUUGUUGAGAAAAAUGCCAAAGAAGGCAACCACACAACUCGGGAUAUCCUUAAAGAAAUGGCUAGAGAUUUUCUAGGAUUCGUAAAGAGUGGGGCUCUUGAGCCAGAAAUCGAGAGGCAGAUUGGUUUUGCGCUGGAAAAAUAUGAUCUUGUGGAAGCACAGUGGACACGAAAGAUUAUGGCAGCUGACCGUGAGCGCAAGAAAGGAAAUGAGUAUAUGGAUGAGAAAAAGUAUGAACAGGCCGUCAAGCAUUACUGCAAUUCAAUCGAGUGUAAUCCUGCAGAUACCAAGGCAUACAGCAACAGGGCACUCGCUUACUUAAGGUUGGGCAAAAAAACUAAAGCAUUGGAGGAUGCUGAAAAGUGCAUUGAGCUUGACCCUAAGUUUUCAAGAGGAUAUCUGAGGAAAGGUUCAGUUCUGUUCAACAUAAGUGAGUUUACAAAUGCACUCCAUACCUUCCAAGAGGGAUUAAAGCACAAUCCAACUGACAGAUAUUUGAUUCAUGGUGUGCAACAAUGUCUGGAGAGACUUAAUAAGGCUGGAAGCAGGGGAGCUACAAAGAACAAGUCAUUCUUCUGUGGCCUAAAGCGAUUUGGCAAGGCUAGCAGCAGAGUUGUGGAUGAAAGUAAAUCAUUGAAUAAUGAGCAUCACAUUGUUGAUAUUCCCCCUGUUGAUGCUGUGAGUCCCAAGCCCUGCCUAAUCGAGUUGAAACUCACCAAUGUCAUCCUGAGUGCUGAGGCUGCUGCAUUAGUGAGUGAUAACCUGGAGUUGCGGUUCAUGAGCAUGAUGUGCUCGUUCGUUGCGGUAUGUGGUCUCAUUGAGAUUUUGAGGCACAGAAGACUGAUUGAGAACAAGUUGGGCGUACUGAAGCUAAUUUGUGCCUCAGUGAUGCUGAUUUACUGCACCAUAAUGUAUGCUACAUCAAAGCUCCACAAGAUUCUGCCUCAUCUAGAAAGCUUCGGGCGAGAAGCCUGGCCCUUUCAUGCCUGUGUGAUAAUAGCAUCAAUUCUUUUUAACAAUUGAAACCCUGCCAAACUGUACAUAUUGGCGUUGAGCCAAUUCUUUUCUAGUCUUUUUUUCUGUUGAUUAGACCUCACUUUCAGCUGUGUUUCUAUUCCAAGUGAUAGUGAACAUGUAUUUCAGGAGAAAAGCCUGGCCUUUUCAUGCCUGUGUGAUAACAGAUUCUAUUGUGUUUAACAAUUGAAACA